AUGAGAGGCUCAAAGUAUGAUAAGAGCACAGUGGAUAAUGAAAAACUGCAGGGUGGAUUCACGUUGUGCUUCAUGGAUGAUGGAUGUGGCAUGAGCCCUGAGGAAGCUUCAGACAUCAUUCACUUCGGAACACCCAAGAAACAGUUAUCCACCUUGAAGUUCAUUGGACAAUAUGGCAAUGGUCUUAAAAGUGGGUCCAUGAGAAUUGGAAAAGACUUUAUUCUUUUUACGAAGAAGGAAGAGACAAUGACCUGUGUGCUUUUCUCUCAGACAUUCUGUGAAGGAGAAGGUCUGAGUGAGGUUGUAGUUCCAAUGCCUUCAUGGUUAACAAGAACGAGAGAAUCUGUCACAGAUGAUGCCCAAAAAUUCUCAACAGAACUGUCCAUAAUUUAUAAAUACUCUCCAUUUCAAAAUGAAGCUGAAUUGAUGGAGCAAUUUGACAUGAUCUGUGGAAAAUGUGGUACUUUGCUGGUUAUUUAUAACUUGAAGCUUCUGCUUAGUGGAGAACCAGAGUUGGAUGUUAAAACAGACAAAGAAGAUAUUCUGAUGGCUGGUGCUCUUGAAGGAUUUCCAGAGACAUGGUCUUUCAGAGCCUACACGUCUGUACUGUAUUUUGACCCUUGUAUGAGAAUAUUCAUUCAAGCCAAAAAAGUUCAAACAAAACACCUAUGCUAUUGCCUCUACAGACCUAGAAAAUAUUUGUAUGCCACAUCUUCUUUUAAAGGAACACUUAGAAAUGAAGUUAAAAAGGCACAGGAAGCAGUAAAGAUUGCUGAACUCUUACUGAAAGAAGCACAAAUCAAAGUAAGCCAGCCCGUCAGAACUGCUUCAUCUUCUGACCAGGAUAUAUUACAGAAAGCUUUGGAAGAUGUAGAAGCAAAACAUAAGAAUCUUAAAGAGAAACAAAGAGAAUUAAAAAAAGCAAGAACACUCUCCCUAUUCUUUGGAGUGAACAUAGAAAACCCACAGCAAGAUGGAAUGUUCAUUUACAGUAAUAGUCGUUUGAUCAAAAUGCAUGAGAAAGUGGGUCCACAGCUGAAACAGAAGUCCUUACUUGGCACAGGUGUGGUUGGAAUUGUUAACAUACCCUUGGAGAUCAUGGAACCAUCCCAUAAUAAACAAGAAUUUCUCAAUAUCCAGGAAUAUAAACAUCUACUAAAAGUCAUGGGACAGUACUUGGUCCAGUACUCUAAGGACACCGGGAUCAGUAAUAGAAAUCUAACAUUGUUUUGGAAUGAGUUCAGAUACCAGAAUAAUAAGGAUGCAGAGAAAUCUUUGGAUUCUAUUCAGUACCAAAGAAGACAAGCCAAGGCCAUCCCAUUCAUCAUACAGUGUGAUCUUUGCCUUAAAUGGAGAGUUUUGUCUUCCUCUACCAAUUAUCAGAAAGAAGAAUUUCUUGACACUUGGAUUUGUGCUAAUAAUCCUAACCACUUGGAAAGCAGUUGUCAUGAUACGGAACGUCUACCUACCAUCCCCCUGGGCACCUUGAACUUGGUAUCACCAUCAAGAAGUGAGAAAGAGAAGCAACUUAGAGAGUCGAUCCAGAGGUAUCAAAAUAAAUUGGCUGAGCAGCAGGCACAGUUUCAGUUUAUACCAACGGGCAGGAUCACUGAGUUCAUUUCCACCUGCUCCCUUUCAGCAAGUAAGGAAAAUUCCAAAACUCGAAAAAUCAGACCUCCUUCAGGUGAUAACUUGAGGCAUGAAUCGCUUUCAUCAUUUGAGCUCUCACUUAGCCAAAGAAACCAGAAAAGAAAUGAAGACAGUGCAGACUCUGAUAUAGAGUUCAUUUCAGAGACUAAAAUUAUAAAGAAGUCUACGCAGAAGAAAAUGAAACUGCAGGAAAAGAGACCUGCAACAGCUCUGCCAAGAAAUGUCAAACCAGCAGAGAUAUCCCAGGUUUUGGAUAAAAAUGAUGCUGAUGUUUCAUUAAAGAAAGAGAAAAAGGAAGUUCCUCUCAUAAACAAAGAAAAACAAAAGCUGUACAAUGAUACUCCAGCAACAAAAAGAAGCUCUUCUUUACCUAACCUCAAAAGUUCUCAAAGCACAUCUGUCAAGGAAACAGUGAGAAAACUGCUAUCUAAUUUAAGGGAGAUCCUUCUGUAUUUUGUGCCUAAAUAUCUGCUGUCAUCAGAAUUUAACUGCACAUCUGUGGAAGAGCUGAUAGCAAGUAUUGAGCUGGAGCAAUGCCCAGAGCAGACAAACAAAAAGCUGAAAAUAUGUUUCAACCAGAUCCAGAAUGUUUAUAUGGUCCAGUAUGAAAAAAAUAUGAAGAGAAAAAUACAAUCCAUUAUCUAUGAUGCGAAUAGAAGAGCAAUUCUUAAUGAAGUCUCUCUGAUACGUUGUGAACAAAAAAGAAAAGUAUCUGAGGAUAAACUGAACAAUCUUCGUGUAAAACUGGCAGCAUUAUUGCAGAAACUUCAGCUGGGUGGCCCUGCCAAUGACCUGGAGCAGAUUGACGCGUAUCUAGAAGGUUUGCUUGAAGACGACAGAUUCCUUUUCCAGAAUAUUAAAGUGACCACAGAUGCAGGACAUCCUCUCCCUUUAGAAAACAGUGAAAGAACUUCUCAAAAUUAAAAGUUUGAUAAAAGCAUUCUUUUCUAAAACACUAAUAAGUAAAUCAGUAGAUUCUUUUCCAACCUUUCCUUUUGUCAUUGUUAUUCUAAAAUUUGCCAGUUUAAUGCUAAAAAAUUUUACACUUUACAUAUAGAGACUGAUUUAAAUUUACAUUUUAUUUUCUAACUAUUCAAUAACUUUUUAUUUUCUAUAAUUACUAUAUUCCAUUUUCCUAACUAUGCCUGUUCUCUCAGAAAUAAUUUCUAAUUUCCAUGUGAGUUACUGAAAAAAAUACAAAUGUCACUUAAGUUUAAA